AUGGCCGAAGUCGAGGAUGCAGUCGAAGAUACCACCAGCCUCGUGCAAAGCAUGUUGCGUUCCAUCUGCACAAACAUGGCAGUGAGCUGCGCAAGAGAGGUCAUUCCCGAAGUGCACAGUCCGCAUGUUUUCACCGUGGAAUUCCUCCAGCCUCUUUACCUCAUUUGCGCCUUCCUCGACAUCAGUCCUGAAGGCAAGCAACUUGGCGACACGUAUGGCACGGCAUCCUCAUGGAAGCAGCCAAUCUGCUGGCCUAAAACAUAUCGGCUCGAAGCAUUUCUCGUCAAGCAGUCAGGAAGAAAGUACGAGCUCCAGAAGACCUGCAUGAGGGACGGGCCGGCCAGGCAUGUGCUCGAGAUCGAGGGACUACGUACAGAGCUGCUGCGCAACACAGAGGCGAUGGAGGCUCUGUUGGCGGAGAACGAGCGGUUGCAGGCGGAGAACGAACGGAUUCAGGCGGAGAACUCGCAGCUGCGGCGGGAGAAAUGCCACUAUGUGAGGCUACUUGAGUCGGCAGGCGUGCCGGCGCCGUCAUCACUUGAGCUUUCGCUGUUGGAUGCGGCUGGUGACGGGAUUCUGGCAUUGGGAGUCGGGGAACCAACUUCUGAUUACGAAGAGGAUGGCUUGGUGACUAGCUCUGCCAGUGAUCAAGACAGUUCAUUGCCUGAUGCCCCUGCGCUGGUACCAAAGAGUAGAUCUCAGCGGGCAAGCGAGGCUGCCGCAGCAAACAAGGAGCGCGCAAGACGGAAGCGGGAAGCGCGUCUGCAGGCCCGACAACGUAGCAGUGAAAUUGAAGAGCUGCUUACGCGGAAUGAGCUCGCCGACGUCGAAUCCGAACUCCGGCGUCUGACGAAGCGUUUGCCGUUGGAGUUCAGCGUCACCCAGCGGCGCGACACUGAUCAUCAGGUCACAGGCUGUUUGCGCCAAGUGCUCUGGGUUGAGAAAUAUGUGGAACUUCACGACGCUAUCGACGAGCGGAUCCUUCCACUCGCAGGUGCGGCGCUGUUGCUUUUCAAGACGACCGCAAGAAAGUGCAGGACUCCUGUUUUCAAAGGGUGCUGGGAUCGCUAUAGGAGAAUUCAUGGCCUCUUCAUUCGGAGAAGCCAUGCUCUUGGUUACAACACCUGGGGAGAACGUCUGGCUGGCGAAAGCUGA